CCAUGUUGGCUCAGCCGGAUUGUCUGCCCUGUGCAGCUCGGCACGCCCUGUGGGGCCCCGGCGCUCUUGGCGCUUGGCAUGGCCGCGGCUGGCAGGGUUGUCCAGGGCAGUGUCGUGGAAGCCCAGGGCCCAAGAUACGUCCAGGCGACGGUGGUCGGACCCGGGCAGCAGGACAGCCGAUGGGCGCAACCCUACGAGGGCCCUGGCAGCCGGUGGGCGCAACCAUACGAGGGCCCCGGCGGCAUGCCCAACACGCCGCAGCCCUACGUGGCCGCAGGAGCGUGCGGUGCGCCGACUGUCAUCGGCACGCCGAUCGGCACCCAGCAAGUGGGCCUUGCCACCCACGUGCGCGUCACCCCGCAGGGCCUGGCUUACCCGCCGACGCCUCACCGGCCGAUGGGCAUGGAGACCCACCAGCCCAACCCCUACGCGGGGGGCUCCGGGUACGUUCACGGCGCCUUCGACGAGCGGGCCGACCCGCCGAUGUGCUUGGCCUUCCUGGCGUGCUUGUGCUGCUGCCCAAUCGUGGGGCUUUGCGCGCUCAUGAAGGCCGCUGAGGUCUCCUCCGCGAACGCGAGGGGCGACUUCCAGCUCGGCCACAUCAAGCGGAGGGAGGCCAUGUUCGGUGGCUGA